GUGAGUCGUGUGUUUGGCAUUCAUUCGAAUCUUGUUGUUUUGAUUAAUUCUGUUUUUUUUUUGGAAAUUAAUUUUUGUUUUUGUUUCUAAUGAAUUAUGGCAACAAUAAAUAUGAAUGAUCAGCAACAGCUAUCCGAAUCGAAUGAUAAUGGUGAUAAUAAUCAAAAUGUUAAGGAACAACAACAACAACAACAGCCACAACAACCACCACCUGAAAUUGAUUAUGAAAAAUUACGUUCAUUUCAAUUUGAACAUCCACCUGAAUGUCCAAUAUUCUGUCCAACAUAUGAUGAAUUUUGUCUUGGUCCAAUCGAUUAUAUAAGUAAAAUUCGUUCGAAUGCUGAACCAUUUGGUAUUUGUAAAAUUAUACCGCCAAAGGAAUUUCAAGUACCAUUUGCAAUCGAUCGUAAUGAAUUUCAUUUUACACCACGUACACAACGUAUUAAUGAUUUAGAAGCUGGUUCACGUAUACGGCUAAAUUUUACGGAUAAAUUAUGUAAAUUUUGGAAUCUACAAGGAAUUACAUUACGUAUACCAACUAUUGAGAAAAAAUAUCUGGAUGUUUAUCGUUUACAUUCAGUUGUAAAAGAUGAAGGUGGUUUUGAAAUUUGUACACGAAUUCGAAAAUGGGGCAAAAUUGCACAACGAAUUGGUUAUCAAAAACAUAAUUCAACAUCAUUACGUACAUAUUAUGAACGUUAUCUAUAUCCAUAUGAUAUAUUUUUAAGUGGUGCAACAACAAAUCCAGAGGUAUGGAAACAACUACAAGAACAAGAUGAUAAUGAUGAUGAACCAAAAGUAAAACAACCCAAAAAUAUUAGUAGUUGUAAUGAUUCGAAUGCCCCUUUAAUUAAAAAAGAUGAUAAUGGUGAUGAUAAUCAUGUUGAUUUAUUAUCAUUAAAUGAACAGAUGAUGAUAAUGAAAAAAAAUCCAAUGGAUUCAAAAUCAUCUAUAAAUAAUAAUCAUAAUAAUGGCCAUGAUUCGAAUGAUAUUGAAAAGAAAUCGUUGGCCAAUAGUCAUAAUGAUCUCAAUGGAAAAAAUGUUAAAAAAGAAGAUCAAGAUCAAGAAAUUGUUGAUGGAAAAAUCAAUGAUAAUGGUAAUGAUGAUGGCGAUGAUGCUGAUGAUGAUGAAGAAGAAGAAGAAAAUAAAUUCUGUUUCAAUUGUUAUGAUAAUUAUCAAUCAUAUUCAUUAUUAACAUGUCAUAAAUGUAAAAAUUCAUUUCAUAAAACAUGUUUAAUACCACCAUUCAAUGAUAUACCAAAAGGACAAUGGCAUUGUCAUUCAUGUUUAUCAACCAUUUUGGAACGUGUAACAAAAACCUAUACAAAUGAAUUUGGUUUUACACAAUCACCAAAAACUUAUACGCUAAAAGAAUUUGGUAAAAUGGCCGAUAAAUUUAAGGAAAAUUAUUUUCGUUGUUCACCACCAACAAAAGUUAAAUGUUCAGAUUUGGAAAAAGAAUUUUGGCGUAUUGUAUCGACACCAUUUGAAAAUGUUGUCUGUGUUGAAUAUGGUGCCGAUCUUUAUACAAAUGAUUAUGGUAGUGGUUUUCCAACAACAAAAAAUAUUUCAUCAAUUCCUGAUGAUAAAAAGUGUUAUAUAAAAUCACCUUGGAAUCUAAAUAAUUUACCAACAUUAUAUGGUUCAGUUUUUGAACAUAUAAAUACAAAUAUUAAUGGUAUGAUUAUACCAUGGAUGUAUGUUGGUAUGUGUUUUUCAGCAUUCUGUUGGCAUAAUGAAGAUCAUUGGACAUAUUCAAUCAAUUAUUUACAUUGGGGUGAACCAAAAAGUUGGUAUGGUGUACCGGGUAAUAAAGCAGAAAUAUUUGAAUCGGCAAUGCAAAAAUUAGCACCAGAUCUAUUUAGUUCACAACCAGAUUUAUUACAUCAUUUAGUUACUACUUGUAAUCCUAAUUUAUUAAUGAAAUUAGGUGUUCCUAUUUAUCGUACUGAUCAAAGAGCCGGAGAAUUUGUUGUUACAUUUCCACGUUCAUAUCAUGCUGGUUUUAAUCAAGGAUUUAAUUUUGCUGAAGCAGUAAAUUUUGCAACAGCCGAUUGGUUACCGACUGGUCGAUUAUCCAUAUCACAUUAUUCAACAUUUCAUCGUUAUCCAGUAUUUAGUCAUGAUGAACUUAUUUGUAAAAUGGCUGAUGGUUGUAAAGAUUUGAAUCAAUGUUUAGCAUUAGCAACAUAUGAUGAUUUAAAAGAAAUGAUCAAAAAUGAAAUGCAUCUACGACAUAAAAUAUUUACAAUUGGUGUUAUGAAUACUGAAUAUUUUUCAUUCGAAACAUUUAAAGAUGAUGAAAGACAAUGUGAUUAUUGUAAAACUACUUGUUUUUUAUCAGCAAUCAAAUGUAAUUGUAAACAUGAUGAUGGUAAUCUACGUCUUGUUUGUGUUAAUCAUUAUGAUAAUCUAUGUCAAAAAUGUCCAUUAGAAAAUCUAAUAUUAUUAUAUCGUUAUCGUAUGGAUGAAUUGAAAAUUAUGGAACGUGAAUUUAUAUACUAUAUUCACAUCUUGCACGAAAAUUUUGUAAUAUUUCAUUUUUAUUUGAAAGAAAAAAGAAAAAAAAACGAUUAAGAUUAAUCCACAAUUACAUAUUAUUUUAAUUAAAGAUAAGUGUGAAACAAACAAACAAAAAAA